AUGCAAAUGCCUUCAUAUGCUAAAUUCCUUAAAGAGAUUCUAUCCAACAAGAAAAAGCUUGAGGAUGAUGAAACUGUUAUGCUUACUGCAGAAUGUAGAGCUAUCAUUCAAAACAACAUGCCUCCUAAAUUGAAAGACCAUGGUAGCUUUUCCAUAACAUUUGUGAUCGGAAAGUUUGUCAUAGACAAAACUCUAUGCGAUUUAGGAGCCAGUGUUAGUUUAAUGCCCUUAUCCACAUGCGAAAAACUCAAUCUAGGAGAAUUAAGACCAACAAAGAUGUCUCUACAACUAGCUAGUCGUUCCAUUAAAUUUCCCGUAUGUAUGCUAAAGAACAUUCUCGUUCGUAUAUGA